AUGACUGAACCAGUGCGUAGGGAGCUACGCAUUUUACAUCCACCACUGGAACCGAUCGUGCGGGAUGGAAAAAUCCGCGAACAAAUAGAACUGGAAAGCAAGGGCCGCCGGGAGUAUCGGAAAAAGUGGGGCUACAUAACGCAACCGGAAACGACCGAGUUCUACGACCUGAAGCGCAACAAUCAGAAGCUGCGGGAGCUCCAAAAGGACCGCCACCAAAACAUCAACCUGCGAGAGUACGAUGGCCACGGGGAUUCGUUCUUCGUGUCGCGCCAGAUGUUCAAAACGCUGCUCGAAACGUGCCGCUGUGGUCGGAAGCGUACCAACACGCAUGCCCUGAAGUGUUUGCAGAAGCCGAAAAAUACCUACGAAAAGACGGACGACGAGGAGGAAGAGGAGGAGGAGCUUGAGCGGCAGCGGAAGGUAGUGGAAGGGUACAAGCGCGAAGCGAGUGGCACAAGUGGAAGCACACAUUCCGGGGCCGACGGAAAGGAGAAAACCGUUAGUAGCUACAUACCGAAGGUGCCACCGCUCAGUUCAGGAAUGUACGGUUGGCCACAGAAUCGUUUCGUAUCGAUGGAAAGGACGACGUACUAUAUUUCUCCCCGAUAUACAAUGCCAGGACACCGGAUUGUCGACUGUCAGCCAUACAACAAUAUUAUUCUCGGAUAG